CAAUACCAUAGUCUUUUUUAGUAAAGAGUUAUCUGUGUUCAUACUAGAGGUCAUAAAACCUCUGCAACACACAACUUCUUUAUAGACUCCGUGCAGUAUUUUUAUGUAUUUCUGAAGAUCAUUUGCGGUAUUCUUUAUGUCAUUCCAGGAGAGACAAUGAAGUUCAAAAACGUGUUGAAACAAAUGAAGAAUUUCAAAGAUGACAGCGUGUUACGUGGUGUCAGCAUUGGCAUGGUUGGUGGAUGCAUCGCGGUGCUUCUAAUCCAGACUAUCUGCUAUUGUAUCAUGGGAAGCUGCGCUAAGUGCGCAAAGAAGCUGCGCAUCCGCAGAAAACAAACUGACGUGCCAACUGACGUCGUUAUUGACAUUGAGAAAGAUAACGAGAUCGAACAAGCUUCAGACGAAACAGAGACGACUGUUCCUGAAGCGAAAGAAACUGGCACAGAAGAAGCCAAGGAAUAAAGAAGCUUUUAAAAAUACAUUUUUAUAUUUUUUAUACGUUUGCAUGUUAAAUUUCUACAAGACUUCUACAAGACGUUCAUGGCUCGGGUUGGGCCACAUCGAUAGCAGAGUUGGCAUUAUGUGCGGGGACACAAGAGUACAAAAUGCGUACAUUCGAGUACAUAUGAUUUUCGUACAAGAAGUAUACAAAGAGAAAGAAUUCAGAAUCCAUGCAUGCGAUUUUCAUCAUUUGCGGUCACAUUCUACUUUUCUACCGAAAUUAAGAUGGACUUCCGUGUGGAUUGGAAGCACCUGUGAAGUGCGUGGUUGAAACGUCUCAACCGACUGGAUAAACCGACUUCCGCUAAGGCACGUCACAACGGAUCUUUGGACGACCAAUGUCGGUUCCUCUACCGUCGCCCAAACUAAAGCUCUACCAGUAAAGAGAACAUCGCAAGAACGAGAUCUGAAUUUUAAGACGAAAGUAAAACGUGCAUUUGAUUGCAGUGAUCUUUCAAGCGUGUUUGGGGUCGGGAAGCAGUUCGUGUAUACGCAUCUUCUGUUGUAUGAUACAA